GGUAAUUUAGGAUCCUAAACGGGAGAUUAAUAAGGUAAUUUAUACUCUUAACUACAGACUUUUAUAGUUCUCAAUCUAGCUGCGGUUGUACUAAUAAAUCUAUACAACUUCAUCGUUUUUAUUGAACUGUCAAGAUAAAUGCAAGCAGAGAGUAGAGAUGUCAACAAUGAGGCAAGCUUCAAUACUCUGCUCAAACCAUUAGACGAUAUCAGAGAAGAUGUCAGUUAUCAGGGCACUGAUGAGGAUUGGAACGACGUUAUAGAAUUACUAAAUAGUGAAAAUAGAGAUAUUGAGGAUACAUUCUUAUCUCUAAAGCGCAAUCUUGAUGAUGACUUUUUAAACACAGCAAACGAGACGCUGGGACUCGAGAGUUCAGUAAAGCACUCAAUAGAGGAUAUAACGACACUUGCGAACUUUCUAUCCACAUUUCAGCAAUCAUUGUUAUCAACAAGCUCACAGAUAAGUUCUCUACAGACGAAAUCAGCUGAGAUAGAUGAGCAACUAUCAAAGCAGAAGAUACAGGCUAGCGAAAUAGAUGAACUCCUCAAGGAGCUCGUCAUCCCACCUUCAUUGAUUAACCUCAUAAUGAAUAAGGACGUAACGGAUGUCGAUGCCUGGAUCGACGGCUGUAAAAGCAUUGAAGGUUAUCUACGCUCAGUUGAGAAGCAUCAAGAUGUUAAAGCCCGCGUUCAACUCCAGACAGUUUUACAAGUUCUAAAAAUGAAGGCUGCCGAUAAAAUACGUAGCAAGCUGUUCAGUCUGUUCGCACCUUUCCAAGCGUCUGCAACUUCUAACAUUGCGUUCCAUCAAACAGCAGUACUGUUUAAGUAUGCACCUUUAUACGCUUUCCUCAAAAGGCAAGAACCUCGCGUAGCUCAAGAAGUCGAACGUGUGUAUACUAAUGCAGCCAGAGGGUAUUACGAGACUUGUUUAGUUAGGUAUACAAGGGAAGCGUUCAGAGUUGCACCAAGGUUUCAAGAGCUUGCGAUUGCCAAUUCUGCAAAUGCUUGGGAAAGCAACGAAGAACCUUAUGAGCAUGAGAAUGUGAAACAAAGGCUCAGCUACUCAUCUUUGGAAGGGCCGUCUGUAUUUUUAGCCUAUCAAGCAGAUGAUGUUAAUUAUAAAUUACCUCCUGAAGCAAUUUUUAGAAGUUUGUUAUUGACCUUUAUCGACAACGCAUGUUCUGAAUUCGCCUUCUGCACGCGUUUCUUUGAUGAUUCACUACACUCUUUAUACCAGGAUAAGAACAGUAAACCAGGAGUCUUUCUUUCAGAGCAAGAAGUAGCAAUUGCAAAUGAUUUAGGUUCUAUCGGAGCAACACAACAAAUAUGGAAUCAUGUUUUUGAGACGGCGUAUAACCAGAUAAAGAACGAUUUAAUGAAGAUACCAACAAAUACGAAUCUACCUAGCGCAUUAUUUAGUAUGAUUAGAAUCAAUGACGAAGCGCAUGAGGUUUGUCUCGUUAGAGGAUGUUUACCUGCAAGUAAAUUAUGUGCAGCUCUAAGGAUAUCAAUGUGGCCAUUACUACAGAAGGAAAUGGAUGGAAGGGUCGUUGCAUUACAGAGACUGGCUGAUGAAACUCAAGCACCUUCUGCAAGCUUAUUAGGUACAGCUGGUAAUUUUGUCAGUUCAUCGAUGGGAUUCGGUGGAAAUAGGGUUAGUAUUGAUUUGGCGGACAAAGUCAGUAAGAGAUAUGCGACACUUUACAAGUCGUUAAAAGAGCUCUCAACGUCUGACGAUCAGAUGAUGAUGCAAUCAAACAUCAAGAGACUUCGCUCGCUUGUAGAAAAUGUCAUUGAGAAGGCUGCUAGUAGAAGUGAAGACCGUAACUGGUUGGCCAAUGCAUACUCUUCGCUUGCUUUGCAAACACGGUCGUUCGAUGAUGAACGAUCACAUUGGCUUGAUUUGGCAUCUAAAAACAAGAAGUAGAUAUCUUAUGUAAACGAAUGUAUAGAAUGUAUGAUGUUCU